AUGGCUUCAUUAUCGAACUCAAAAAUACAGCUUGCCGCUACUGCUCUCGCAUCCGGCGCUGUCGUCGCAGGCGCAAUUUUAGGAUACCAACGCCUGCAGAGGGAAGAGCGGGCCAAUCAGCUGAAAGGCUCGAUACCUUCAUUACUAGACGAAGGCGAAGCUAUACGAAGGCUUAACAGCUUUGGUGGUGCAAAGGCCGAUAAGGAAGACCUCCGAAACGAGUUACUGGCACGGCGCGCGCAGGCUGGCGAUUACGAUGACGAAUUGAUACUCGAACAGCUCGCACGUAACCGCGUCUUUCUGACACCGGACGGACUCGACAAAUUGCGCAAUGCGUUCGUGAUCGUCGUCGGAUGUGGAGGCGUGGGAUCGCAUUGCACGGCCGCAUUAGCACGAUCGGGAGUCUCCAAAAUCCGCUUGAUAGACUUUGACCAGGUCACGCUGAGCUCCCUCAAUCGACAUGCAGUCGCUACGUUGGCCGAUGUGGGUAGUCCGAAGGUGCAAUGCCUUCAGCGACGGUUGUUGGCUAUCACUCCAUGGGUACGUUUUGAUCUGCGACAGGAGAAGUUUUGGGACCAAGCAGCGGGUAGGCUAUUAGAGUCGUGGGGCGAGAACGGACAGAGACCUGAUUACGUCGUGGACGCUAUCGACAAUAUCGACACUAAAGUCGCGUUGCUGAAAUACUGCCACGACCACAACUUGCCGGUAAUAUCAUCCAUGGGCGCAGGAUGUAAGAGUGAUCCUACUCGAAUUAUGGUCGGCGACAUAGGAUCUAGUACCGAUGAUGGACUGUCAAGAUCUACUCGUCGACGUCUGAAGCUUCUGGGAGUUACCAAGGGAAUACCGACCGUAUACUCGACGGAGAAGACCGGCGAGGGCAAAGCCGAAUUGCUUCCACUUCCAGAGGACGAAUUCCAGAAGGGUAAAGUGGGUGAUCUAGGAGUCCUGCCAGAUUUCCGAGUGCGGAUACUACCGGUCUUGGGAACAAUGCCGGCAGUAUUUGGAUAUACCGUAGCAAACCACGUCAUACUCUCUGUCACUGGAUAUCCUCACGACUACCUCCCGGCGAAGGGCCGGGAGAAGAUGUAUGAAAGCCUCCUCGCCGCGGUUCAGGGAGGAGAGGAGAAGGUACUCCGACACAUGACAGGUGGCGACGCAAGCGUUACACUGGGUCUGAAAGUGCCUAUCACGAGUGCGGAUACUGCAUUCCUUGUCGAAGAUAUCUUCAAAGGUCGCAGCGCCAUCACCGGACUCACCACGCGAUUGACUCUGGUAAGAUGGCGGAAGCCGACGAGUUCCAUUCUAGUAAGGAUCGGAGAGGGCUCCGAUGAGCAGAAGUCGUCUAACAUUAGACUUUCGGAUCUCGUCUGUAUAACCAAGGAAGAGGCUAUACGACAUGAUAAAGAGAUACUCCGAGGAGACAAGACACCAGAAGAAGUGUACGACUUGGCUACAGUAGAGAAGGUCGAGGAGCUGCUUAAAGAUACUGCGAAGUACGAGAAAUACAGAUAAUUCGAUUCUGCUACUGCGUAUCCUCAAAAUCUCUGUUGGUUUCAAUUCCAACUUCUAAAGUAUAACACUUAAGGAAUUAAAUGGGUCCCCGAGGUUACUCCUGGAACUACUGGUAAUAUAUUCCUCAUAGCCAAGUCUCGGUCUACCUACAGCGCUAGCGUAGCAAGACACUUCGCAGCGCGCCCUCUUUCUUGCUAAGAAAUGAGAUUACGA